AUGUACACAAUCAAUUUUGCACAAUCUACCGCUCAAACACUCAGCUAUAAACCAGUUACUACGUACAAAAGUGGACCAUCAUGUCUUAAAGGAGCGCUUCAAACUAAUGAUCAAAAAACGCAAUCCUUUUCAUGGAUGAAACAAGAAGAACGAGUUGUUCUCCCUUAUGGAUAUAAUCCGCAAAUACUCAGUAAAAUCCCAGAAAUUCAAAAACAAGAACCUAUAUGGCCAAAAAUUUUUACACAAAAUAAUAAAGAAAAUCAGAAACAAUAUCCAAUUCAACCUGUGUUUAGAUUUCUUAAUCUUAAGCAAUCCAAGAAAAACCUAUCUAUUGCUGAUGUAUCUUCAGAUGAUGAAGAUUUUUCGAAUAUAAAUUCAUUUCCAAGAUCGACGAAGAACACUACACACUUGUUAGAUUCGGAUUCAUCUGAUUGUGAAAAAUUUGGUUCUAGUUCACUGGAUUUUUCUGACGAUUCAACUUGUUUCUACAUGAAUACAGAAUCUAUAUUGGCAGAAUCAUCACCAAACGCAACAAUAUCAAAUUCAAACAGAUCUUCCCGCAUUUCAAUAUCAACAAAAAUAAAUUCUUGCUCAGAUACCAUUUCAACAAAUUUUAGCUGCGUUCCAAGCAGUUCAUUAUCAUAUAGCAAAUCAUCUCCAAUCAAGAGCAGCUCUUUUCGAUGCUCUUCUGUUACUUCAUCAAAUUCAGAAAGAACUUCAAUCUCAUGUUCAGAAUAG